UGAAAUUAGCGGCCAAAAAAAUAAGGGAAGAAACCCAAAAUCGUUUGCCCUAAUUAUUCUACUUCUUCCGCAGCAGCAGCGCAGCGAAGCGAAGCGAACAAUUCCAACUACGAUACGAUGUCAGAGGAUUCUACGACGAGGUACCGUAUAGGUUACGCUCUGGCGCCAAAGAAAGUUCAGAGUUUCAUCCAACCAUCGCUCCUCAAUCUAGCCAAAGAGAGAGGAAUCGAUCUAUUUCCUGUCCAAAUCACCAAACCCUUGAUCGAUCAAUUCCCCUUAAAUUGUAUCAUCCACAAAUUAUCCGACCCGGAAUGGCGGAAUCAGCUCGAGCAGCUCCUCGUGCAGAAGCCAAACGUCGUCGUAAUCGACCGGCCGGAGGCAAUCGAGCGCCUCCACAAUCGGGUCUCCAUGCUGCAGGCUGUGAACCAGCUGGAAAUUGCAAGCGGGUUUUCGGUUGGGGUUCCGAAGCAGGUGUCUGUGGAAAAUCCCCAAUCGCUGAUUGAAUGCGUUGCGUCGAGUGGUUUAAGUUUUCCGGUGAUUGCGAAGCCGCUGGUGGCGAACGGGACCGCGGGCUCUCAUCAAAUGUCGUUGGUUUUCAAUGAGGAGGGCUUGCGAGGGCUGAAAUUGAGCCAGCCGUUUGUGUUGCAGGAGUUUGUGAAUCAUGGAGCGGUCAUUUUCAAAGUUUAUGUGGCGGGUCAGCACAUUCAGUGUGUGAAGAGAAGGUCGUUGCCGGAUAUCUCGGAGGAGAAGUUGGGUGUUUUGGAGAAUUCGGUGUCGUUUUCACAGAUUUCGAAUGUGACUGCUCAAGAUCAGAGUGGUGACGGCGUGGAGAAGCUGAUGGAGGCGGCUGAGCUGCCCCCAUCUAGUUUUGUGACAAAAGUAGCUAGUCAGUUAAGGGAAACUUUGAAACUGAACCUUUUCAAUUUUGAUAUGAUAAGGGACAGUAGUGUUGGAGGCCGGUAUCUAGUUAUUGAUAUAAAUUACUUUCCAGGGUAUGCCAAGAUGCCGUGUUACGAGACGAUUUUAACUGAUUUUUUCCUCGACAUUGUGCAGAAGAAGCCAAAUGCGGUUUCUGAGGAUUGUUAGUGAGUAUAACCGAGUAGUUCUAUGGCUCCAAGCUGAUAUUCUGGCCUAUCAUGGUGAUAAACAACGACCAUUGGGUUCAUCUUGGUUGAUGAAAUGCUGAGAUUGUGUGGAAAUUCUCAGGAUAGGAGGGUUAGCUGCUUACUUGGGACAUUGUGAAAUCUUAUACUCCAAUUGCUUUUGUAUCAGGUAAGAACCUACGCUUAUAUCACAUAUUGUUAUUUUCGGAUAUCUAUGGAAGGAACAGGCAUUUGAAAUUAUGGAUUCUUGUGUUGACUAUCCUUAUCUCUGUUAUGUUAUUUCUAGCCAAAUUAGAAUAAUAGUUUAUAUCAAGAUUGUAUAUCUGUUAAAAAGUUUCUCUUUAUGUAUCUAUGUGAUUUCUACCCUACCUAACUAUUUAGAUAUUGCUUGCAUAUUGACUUCUUUAGCAGAUUAAAGCUCACGUAAGUCAUAACCUAAUACUCUUAUCCAAUCCUAAAAUACUAUUCUUAACUAGGUAGAUUUUACCCAGACCAAGACCCAUGAAUGCCUGGAUUGUGACACUCCACAUAAGGUGAUUUGACAUUUUAGUUCUACCCUUUUUUUAUGAACAAUUUCCUUUUACCUAAUAGUAGGACUUCUUCGUGUUACUUCUCAUAGAAGCUGUUACGGUGAGCCAAAAAUCAGAACGAACCAGGCGAGAAAAAUUCAAAAUCAGGGAGAGACUGAUUAUCGUACAACAUAAACCAGCCUGAAUAAUUUCUGUUUACAUAGGCUCUGUGGCAGUCAUGUGUCCUACUGUGAGUUUGGAAAUGGAUUAUUACAUGAUAAGAAAGUAGAACUUAUUUCGCACUUAUACAUGGAAAAAAUGGGGGAAAAACUUGUGGACAACAUGAAUCACACUGCUGAUGAUCAUACAGGCUGGGGAGUCUAUAUACCACCGCAAAGAAAUUAGUAGUACAUGAAAUCUGGAAAUUUUCUCAAUGCUAAAUGUUAAAGUAUAUUCCUUGAGAUGUGAUUUAUCUCUUGACACCAUCUGUUAGCAGCCUCUGUCCAGAUACGAGAUUGAUCAUGGCGACAGUCUGGCUUGACUGCAAUCAACAAAGCGCUGUUAGUAAUAUUUGAGUAAAAAGGAGAACAUUUUUUACAAUGGAAGCAUGAUUUUACUUACUCAAGGACUUGUUUCCAGUAGUAGUUGCUUGCUUCAUCAUCCAUUAGAAUAUCUUCUAAGGCUUCAGAAGUAGUUGGAGGGUUGGAAAAUUCAGCCAGGCUGAUGAAAUUGUCAGGUUCUUGAUCUGUGCUUAAACACACCGGAGAUGCUGAGAUGAGAUCAGGUACUUCAUAAUCUGUGUACAUGUUAGAUGAUUCCCCAAAUUUGUUGCUAUUUAUAUCCAUCACAUUGUUGGUUUCCAUUGUGUUCUGGAAGACAGGUCGAAGUGCAUCUUUGAAGCUCGGUUGGCAUGUCAGAGCGUCAAACUCAGGUUUCUGAGUGAAUCUUUCCAACUGCAAUCCCAUCAUAUGGGAAUCCCAUGGAGGUCUGUUUGUGACUUGAGCUGAUCCCAGGCUAGGACUAAAAGUUUCCAUCGCGACAGGAGGCAAAACUGAAGUAGUACCAGUGUUCAACAACUGUAAAAUGUUACCUACCAGUAGAACUUUUGCGAGACGAGCAGCAUCCUCUUGAGAUCUCACAAUACCUUCCCAGGUAAGAUUUCUUGAACUAUUAUAGCUGAGAAGCUGAGGUAAUACAGGUAACAAGGUAUCAAGAUGAGUUCUUGGCAUAUGAGUAUCGGGGUCUAUCCCAUUCCGAAGCAGCUUUUUCUUCAGACGAGUAUUCCAGAAGUUCUUGAUCUCGUUAUCGGUUCUCCCUGGCAGGUAACUAGCUAUGACCGACCACCUGGAAAACAUAAAAUGGGUAAUAAUCAUCAAAUGCAUCAAAGGCUACAAGUUACAUAUUGAGGUUAGUUCAUUACUUGUUGCCUAGCUCUGCAUGAAGAUCGAUAAUGACCCUUUCUUCCUCGUCAGUAAAGGCUCCUCUCUUGAUAUCGGGGCGGAGAUAAUUUGUCCAACGCAGGCGGCAGCUCUUCCCGCACCUAUUGAGCCCCGCAAGCUUUGGCAGCUCUUUCCAGCUGCCAUGGCCGUGUUUCUGAAUGCAGUCAACGAGCAUCCGGUCUUCUUCAGGUGUCCACGGCCCUUUCUUUAAGCCAUUUUCUUCUGUCGUCAUUUCCAUCGUGUUGUGUGUGUGUCUUGAGCAAUUUUAGAUGAACAUGAGUCAGUUUUGUGUGAAAUGUGUGUGUUUAUAGCAUGGUUUUUAUAGUGUGGGAGUGUUUGAAAAUUUGGACAGUGGCGUGCUGUGGAGAGUCAUUGACUCUUGUUUCUUUGCUUUCUUUCUCUCUUUUUCUUCCUUCCUUCUCUAGGUAUCGAAAUAUCGAGCUGGGCUAUA